AUGUCAUCAAAACUUCGUCUUCCAAUGGAAAAAAAGUACCCACCAAAGCUAACUCAGGAACAGCUUCGUGAGCGUACUAAUCAAGAACUCAAAAAAUACGGAGUUGAGAAUCAUUUACAAGCAAAAAUUAAUUAUCAAACUUGUGAAGCAAUAGUACAAGCUGAUAAUAAGAUUUUCGAUUCUAUCAAGCCACAUCCACGUCAAUGCCAUAAAACUCUUGCUUGGAAAAUUGCAUUAGAAUUCAUCUACGAUUUCAUGAAACAAAAUAAGCUUACAGAAUCAUACAAGACAGCACAUCUCGAAAUGUCACAAGUUGGCGAUCCUAAAUCUACAGGAUUUUUCGCACAACACGAUAGAGAAAUUUAUUUUGAGAAAUUAUUACAGACAGCGAACGAAAACGGCAGAAAAACAUUUGACGAUCGCCUCAAUGAGUUCAGAAAAGAGCAAGCUCUUGUUCCUCCUCCUGAAUUAUCUCUUGAUCCGAUCACAUCUCCUUCCACCAUCCCAACUGUGCGUGGAGGAGCUCCCAAAGCCAAUGUAUCUCAUGGAUCUGCUGUUAAAUCGCGUGGAUUGGAGCCAAGCAGUCCAAGAUCAACAAAAGAAAGCAAGAGCGUUAACUCAUCUAAAGGAUUCCACUUCUCUUACACAAAUCCAACAGGAGAACCAAACACAGCUACGAAAUCCAUACAAAUGGGUGAAGAAGCUGCAAAAGUUUAUAAUAAUCAAGAAGAAAGCCAAAGCUAUACAUAUGCAUCUAAUGAUGAAAAGCCUCCGUCACCUUCACCUAAAAAGCCAGAAGAAAAUUCUGUUCAUGAUGAAUCUGGAAACGAUUCUUACGUAUAUACAGUCAGUGAUCCUGAAUCACCUAAGAAAUCAGCAUCACCAAAGGCAUCUUCUCCAAAGAAGGAAGAAUACUCAUAUUCAUACACUCCAGAAGACAAUAAUAAGCCAGAAACUCCAGAAAAACCACAAACACCACCAAAACAAGAAUCUCCAAAGCAGGAAGAAUAUUCUUACUCAUAUACACCAGAGCAGCAACCUGUUUCUCCUCAGAAACAGCCAGAAGCCAAAGAACAAGAAGAAUAUUCUGAAUAUUCCGACGAAGAUCUUGAAUCCAAGGACAAUCAGCAACCACCACCUAAGAAACAUGAGUACACAUUCACAGAAAGCGUUGAUUCCAAAGAAAGAAACCAACAAAAUAAUAAUGAUCAAAAAGAAGAAUAUACAUACACUUAUUCAGACGAAGAACCUCCUAAACCAGCCCCAGUCGAGCAGAAGAAGCCAGAAUCAGCUGAUUAUUCCUAUUCUGUUUCAAUUGAUGAAAAACCAAAGGAACAACCACAAAAUAACGCCGACUAUUCAUAUACAUAUUCGGAAGAUGAGCCAGUUGUCAAGCCAGGAACACCUCAACAGGCUCAAAAACCGAAAUCUGAUACUUAUACCUACGAAGAAUUCGAUGACGGAACUCCGAAGAAGAAUGAUGACUAUUCAUAUAGCGAUAUAGACACAGCUGAAAAGAAAGAUGAUAAGGAACAGAAGGAUGAAGCAGUUUAUACGUACGAAUACAGUGAUGAACCCCCAGCUCCGGCUGCAAAGCCUGCAGCUCAGCAGCCUGCAAAUAAUGACUAUGAAUAUACUUACUCCGAUGAGAAAAUUGAUAGUACUUAUGAUGAAUAA